UCAUCUCAUCAUCAUCACUUGUUCUUCUUGUCCAUACAAAUUUCUCUUUCAGGUCCCACAUUACUUGUAUGAAUGCCUUCUCUUGAAACCUUUGAAACUUACCCUUUUGGCACCUUCAAUGGCGACCCAUUUCCUCACAACUCCAUUUUCUUCAGUUCUCACCAACCACUCUCUAAAACCACCAUCACUCUUUCAUGCCACCCUUUCUGCAAAGUCAACCCCUCUUUCUCUCCCUUGCAUUAGAAAAAGCUCCAUUAUGUGUAGCCCAACAACUCUUACAAGGCUCAAUUCCAGUUUCUUGCAAAAGGGUGCUCAUGGAAAUUCCAAAAGCAGACAACUUUCAAUUAAAUCAACUGGAACUGAUUCUGGGAGCACUUCUUCACUGACCCAAAAUGUGUUUGGGGUGUUACAUUUGAUUGUGUCUCUGGGGCUUUUUCUUGCUACGGAUAAGUUUUUGAAGAAAGCAUUUGUAGCAGCUGCUAUCAAAUUUCCUAGUGCAUUGUUUGGGAUGUUUUGUAUAUUUUCAGUUUUGAUUAUUCUUGAUUCUACCGUGCCAUCUGCAGCUACAUCAGUGAUGAACUUCUUUGAGCCUGCGUUCAUGUUCAUUCAGAGAUGGCUCCCUUUGUUCUAUGUUCCUUCUUUGGUUGUCUUGCCUCUUUCUGUUAAAGAUAUACCUGCUGCUUCUGGCAUCAAAAUUGGUCUUAUUGUAGUUGGAGGAUGGCUAGCUACACUUUGUGUUGCUGGUUACACAGCUAUAGCAGUACGAAAAGCUGUGAAAACAGAAUUGAUAGAUGCCGAGCCUAUGGGAAAGCCGUCACCUUUUUCUCAAGUAGAAGUGUGGACAUGGACUGGGAUUCUCCUAACAUCAUUUGUUAGUGCAUUAUUUUAUCCAACAUUACUAGGGACAAGUGCUAGAACAUGCCUUCCGUUUUUGCUUGCAGCCACGGUGUUAGGCUACAUGGUUGGUUCUGGGUUGCCAUCAAAUGUGAAGAAGGUCUUCCAUCCUAUAAUUUGCUGUGCACUAUCCGCAGUUUUGACAGCAUUUGCUUUCGGGUAUUUUUCAAAGUUAGGGCUUGAUCCUGUUCUAGGAUAUUACCUUACCAACGCAUCCGCCAAUCCUGGAGCUGGUGACAUUUUAAUGGGAUUUUUGGGAUCUGUUAUUCUCUCCUUUUCCUUCUCUAUGUUCAAGCAAAGAAAGCUUGUGAAAAGGCAUGCGGCUGAGAUUUUCACUUCUGUCAUCAUCUCAACAGUAUUCUCACUGUACUCAACCGCCCUUGUUGGACGUCUUGUUCAAUUAGAACCAUCCUUAACAGUGUCCAUUCUACCCAGAUGUAUAACUGUGGCAUUGGCCCUCAGCAUUGUGUCUCUGUUUGAUGGUGCCAAUCCAUCUCUCACAGCAGCAGUGGUUGUAGUAACUGGUCUGGUUGGGGCAAAUUUUGUGCAGGCAACUCUUGAUAAACUCAGAUUCAGUGAUCCGAUUGCUCGAGGAAUAGCAACUGCUUCUAGUGCUCAUGGGCUUGGAACAGCAGCAUUGUCUGCCAAGGAACCCGAGGCUCUCCCAUUCUGUGCCAUUGCUUAUGCUUUGAAUGGCAUAUUUGGAUCUAUACUAUGUUCAAUUCCAAUUGUGAGACAAAGCUUGCUUGCAGUUAUUGGCUGAAAUUAUCAUAUUAAUAUCACAACCUGCUACUAUUAUUUUCAUUCCCUUUGUAUGCUAUAACUUCCAUUGUUUAUAUGGUAGAAUGCAAAUGUAUAGAGAAAUAUUGUGAACCAUACAGUAAGUAGCGCCAUUUUGUAAAUUGUAUAGGAUACAAUAAUAUAUUCAUUUAUGAUUUAUUUAUCAUAUUCUAUGAUGUCAA